AAUUGGGAUUAAGAGACAGAAGCCUUGAGAGCAAGAUCUCGCUCAUUAAUACAGAGAGAGUCCAUCUGUGUGGUGAAUGACCAGGAGCAGCUGGAGACAUGAGAUCAAGACCACAAGGGAGAGUUGCAGGAGGCAUCGCAAGCAGAGCUUUGAUGCUGCUGAUCAGAGAUGGACCUUGGUGAAAACUGGGAGCUGGAUGAAGCCAACUGGUUGUCUCAUGGCGGGAUCCAUCCCUUUGUCGGCGUGAAAGGAGACAAUGAGCUCUCUGAAGGUUCACCAGCUCUGUUUGCUCGGGAUCAGCUGGGCUCCUCAGCUGCAUGCUACAAGCCCACCAGCCCAGGCCAGAUACUGGAGGACACUGGCUUUCUUUAUCAGGACCACCAGUUGUUUGCUGGCAGGCAUGACAUUUCUCCUCUGACAGCUGAAGCAGUCAGUGCUAAAGAAAAAGCUGCCGAGGAAGCCCUCUGCACCUUGCACCCUCCAGCCUUCCUCCGGAGCUCAGAGGUGGAGAUGCGAGGCUCGGAGGAGGUGGCAGCCGGCACGGUCCUGCAGCGCCUGAUCCAGGAGCAGCUGAGGUAUGGCAACCCCAGCGAGAACAUGAACCUGCUGGCCAUCCAGCACCAAGCGACGGGCAGCGCCGGCCCCUCCAACAGCACUGCCAGCACUCUCUCUUCCACAGAAAACCUCGCGCCCGAGGACCCACAAAUGGUCCAGCCAUCGGCGCGGCAGGAACCGCAGGGGCAGGAGCACCAGGGGGACGGUGCUGCGAUGGAGAAGCAGCCCCGGGCCGCACAGCCCCCACACAGCAGCGAGGAGCUCCCCACCUACGAGGAGGCCAAAGCGCAGUCGCAGUAUUUCCGUGGGCAGCCACCGGCAGGGCCGGGUUUUUAUGUCGCUGGUUCCUCUGGCCAGAAGUCCAGGACGGAGGGGAGGCCGACGGUGACUCGGGCCGGCAGCGGGCAGGCGCAUAAGGAUGAUGCACUGAAGGAGCUGAAGCAGGGCCACGUGCGCUCGCUGAGCGAGAGGAUCAUGCAGCUCUCACUGGAGAGAAACGGGGCCAAGCAGCACCCGCCUGCCCCAGCAGGCAGCAAGGGGCUGAAGGCUGCCCCGGCACCCAGCAAGGGCAUGGACCCGCGGGGCCCACCGCCCGAGUACCCCUACAAGGCCAAGGCGGCAGCAACGGUGUCCCCCAGCAGCAAGGCACCUGAUCAUGGGCUCUUCUAUGGUGAGCAGCACCCAGCAGGGCCGCAGGACGUCCUCAAGGCCUCCUACAUGGCCCCGCAGCCCUCCAGGACCGAGGUGGCCGUUGUCCGUUACCAGCCGCCCCCGGAGUAUGGGGUGACCAGCCGACAAUGCCAGCCGCCCUUCCCACCACCGACAGUCCAGCAGCACAGCCCCAUGUCCUCACAGGCCUCCUCUACUGCUGGACCUCUGCUUCCAAGCUCCUUGUCUCCGCUGCCAGCCCCCUCUGCUGCCCAGCCACCUGUGCCACCAGGCCAGCAGCUGACACCCGACGCCUUCGCCAUCGUGGAACGGGCACAGCAGAUGGUGGAGAUGCUCUCCGAGGAGAACCACGUGCUGCGGCAGGAACUGGAGGGGUACUAUGAGAAGGCAGACAAGCUGCAAAAGUUUGAAAUAGAGAUUCAGAGGAUUUCAGAAGCUUAUGAGGGCCUGGUCAAGACCACCACUAAAAGGGAGUCUCUGGACAAAGCGAUGAGAAACAAACUUGAAGGAGAAAUUAGGAGACUUCAUGAUUUCAACAGGGAUCUCCGUGAACGACUGGAGACAGCCAACAGGCAGCUCGCCAGCAGAGACUUCGAUGGGCAUGAGGAUAAGUCGACAGAGGGCCUUUAUGUCACUCAGAACAAGGAACACUUGAAGGAGAAGGAGAAGCUGGAGAUGGAGCUGGCAGCCAUGCACUCUGCCAAUGAGGAUCAGCGGAGGCACAUUGAAAUCCUCGACCAGGCCCUAAACAAUGCUCAAGCCAAGGUCAUCAAACUGGAAGAGGAGCUGCGUAGGAAGCAGGCCUAUGUGGAGAAGGUGGAGAAGCUACAGCAGGCACUGACACAACUUCAGGCUGCCUGUGAGAAGAGGGAGCAGAUGGAGCGGCGGCUGCGCACACGCCUGGAGCGGGAGCUGGACUCGCUGCGCAUGCAGCAGAGGCAGGGCAGCUUUCAGCCGAGCAGCCUCCCUGAGCACAAUGCACCAGCACUGAUGGAGCUGGUACGGGAGAAGGAGGAGCGGAUCCUGGCCCUGGAAGCUGACAUGACCAAGUGGGAGCAAAAGUAUCUGGAGGAGAGCACCAUUAGGCACUUUGCCAUGAAUGCUGCGGCCACGGCUGCAACAGAGAGAGUUAAUACAUCUCUCAGUGAGGUGACACCUGUUAAGUACAACAUUUGGUUAAAGACAGAAUUUACCUGUUUGGCCUGUCCAGAAGUUUACCAAGCUCAAGCCAAGCUCAGGAUGCCAAGUUCCAUAGCACAGAUAAGGGACACCUCAGCCCCCAACCACUCACACAAUGGCAGCUAUGGUGAGAGCACGCUGGAGGCACGGGGCUGGCAGGAGGAAGAGGAGAUCGUGCAGGCCAACCGGCGCUGCCAGGACAUGGAGUACACAAUAAAGAAUCUCCAUGCAAAAAUAAUCGAGAAGGAUGCCAUGAUCAAGGUCCUUCAGCAGCGCUCACGGAAGGAUCCCGGCAAAGCCGACAGCGCCAGCCUGCGACCCGCUCGCUCCGUGCCCUCCAUUGCUGCCGCUGCGGGCACACACUCACGCCAGACCUCACUCACCAGCAACCAGAUCACUGAGGAGAAGAAAGAGGAGAAGAUCUGGAAGGGAAGCAUAGGGCUGCUCCUGGGGAAGGAGCACCACGAGCACCCGCCGGGCCCCGCGCUGCCUCCCCCUCUGCCCUCCUUGUCGUGUGCACCCGUGCCAGCACCAACAGCCUCCCACGCGAAGACGGGCAGCAAGGACAGCAGCACCCAAACGGACAAAAGCACCGAGCUCUUCUGGCCCACCACCGCCUCCUUCCCCGGCCGAGGCCGGCUGGGCACCACCCCGACACACAGCCCGGUACCACGGCCCCCGGGGGCACGGCCAGCCGGGGAGAAGCUGGAGAACACCAGCCACGGAAAGCUGCCUGACAGCAAAGGCAGGGUGAGCAGCUUGCUCCACAAGCCCGAAUUUCCAGACACAGACAUGAUGGAAGUCCUCAUCUGAGCAGAGGAUGGUGUCUGGGCUUUCGUGGGCAUAUACCCAUGUCCGAGGACAUCGUCGGUUUGCCAACCUUAAAAACUGACUCUGAGAAUUUGAAGAAGGAAGGAGAAAGUUUGUGCCUGAAUUGAAGCUUGAGUCUGUUAUGCAGAGACUUGGGACCAGGCGAGAGAUAAGGAGAAUUCAAGGGGAGAGAUGAGAUGAAUGUUUGGGACUUUCUGAGUGGAAGGGGACUUUGAAAACUGAAGGUGGCCCGAGAAGGUGGAAAGAGGAAACUACUUUUUCUGGUGGAGAAGGAAGGUAGCUGGGUUACAGACUGGGUGCACAGGGCUCUUCUGUUUUACUGCCUUUGCAGCCGGGACAAGAGGCAAAUCCUGGCUCUUCUGAGGCCAGUGGAGCUUAUGGCAAUAAUUGGAAAAACUUGCAUCUUCCUCAGUAUUGAUUCCUUUCUCAAAAAUAUUCACUGCUGGAUUUUAGUGAAUUCUUGGUAUGUGGAUGUACACGGAGGGUUCUUGUGAGCAUUCAUUUGAAGUGGUGUGGUGUGGCUUUCCUGACAUGCAGGUCAGGUGCCUCUGCCUGGCCAGACAAGUAUUACUCUUGGAGCCGGAUUACAGUGCUAAUAUUCGUGUCUUGAGAACUCCGAGCCUGCUGAGACUCCUUUUUUGAUAGCAGCAGCUGUUCAUUGAAAUUUCCACAGAGGAUGAAUGUGAAGGAGGGAGAUUACCCUGCUGAACCAACCCCUUUUGUACCAUUGGGAAUGUUUCAGGAAGGAAAGUCAGGGGAGGAUCCAGCCAGCUCCACCACAGGGCUGUGCAGGGCAGAGAUGGAAGAGGUGAGGUGCAUCGGUGCAUCUUCUACUGCCCCAUCUCAGAGCCAGAUGCAACACGUAGCUUUCAGCAGGUGAGAAUCUGAGCACAAAACGGUAACAGAGUGUAGCCCAAGGAACUCUUUGGGGCUGUUUACAUUGGAGAGAUGGGAAGAAAACAGAAACCAUUGAUGCCUUCUGCAGUUAUUUCAGUGAACUAAGCCAAGCUUGCACGUGAGGUCAGAAGAUACCUCUUACUGUGCAGUGUCUGCAGACAGGACAGAUCAGUUCCUUAUUUUCAGUCUCACAUUCCCUGAGCAAACAGCCCCGCCAUUCAGGUUGAUGUGGGAUUCUGCAUUAAGAGGUUCAGGACUGAGCCUGGAAGGUUUAACUGCAAAGCAGUGCAUGAGCAUCACCUGUUUUGUGCUGAGCUGUGGGCCCUUUUCAGCCUGCUCCAGCCAGACAAAACACUUCACAUUUUUAGCUAAGCCUGUGGUUUCUGUAGGAGGUGGCACCUGUCUGUAAGACAGGCGGCUCACAGCAGUGUUACUCAUAACAUACCUUCUGCUUCCUGUACUGCAAAAGCUGGUAGAGAAGUUUUCCUCUCCAGGAUAUUUUCCUAUUGGCUUUUCUCUUCCCAAAGCUUCUAGUGUGCCCUGAUGCCAUCGGGAAGAAUUUAGCUUUGGGAAAAGGGUGGUGGGAAUUUAUGCCAAGUUGUGUAGAGUGGAAAAGCAACGGAUGCUCCUGUGGCCGUGUGUGUGCAGGACUGGCUUGAGGCUCUCCCCUCCCUCCUGUAGGCAUCAGCAGGAGGGAAACAAUGGGAGAACAUCAGGCACUGCACCCUCUGCUUUUGCUGCAAACUGAAGUCCUUGCAACCCCAAAUGCAACAGGUCCUGGAGUCCCAUGGCCGAGAGAUACCUUUGUUGUAAAGCAAAAUUGCUAUGCUGAGUUCAUGCACUUAUGUGUGUGUGUGUGUAUGUGGUCAGAUGUGUCCGUGUUGCCUUCCUUCUGGUUUUUGCACUUGUUAAACGCAGCAGUGCUAGGUAGGUUGUGCUGUCAGGAGAGCUGUGUGUUUCGAGUAUUAGCAGCUUUGCAAAACUAAAUGUGUAAAACCCCUUUGAAGAUGCUGUGCCGCUUAAUAUAUGCCUUGUGAAAUAAUUUUAUUUUCCCUAUAAAGUUAAUUUAAAUGUCGUAAGGAAAGGCCAGGCCUGCAUAUGGCAGUGGAUGGCUGCAGGUGGGCACCUCCCAGCUGGGACUGGGCCAGGAGGAUGGCAAAGGGAAGGGAUAGCAGGAAAAUGACAGUAAACACGCCAUCAUUUUGCUCCAAGAAAUAAGAAUACCUGGCUGUUUGGGAGUCCCAGAACGUGUCAUUACUGGCUGCAUUAUUGCUUCAGAUGGAACUGCUUAAUGACUUCUGUAGAGGCAGGCAGCUGGGCAGGCCAUCCAAAGGUGUGCUCACAGCCAAUGCCGCCACAGACCGACCUUGAACAGGUUGCAUGGAGCGCUGCUGCCUUCCUUCUGGGUUUCCCAGCUCCUGGAACUGAAUGGCGUUUUGGGGAACGGUGCUGCAGCCAUUCCAGGCAAUGUUGGUAACUCCUUGUAAAAUACUGUCAUCCUUUUCUUGUUGUUGGUUGUGUAAAGGAGUUGGUGUACAGUGUUGUACAGCUGGAGGGUCAUUUGUACAUAGGUGGGUUAACGAGCAGCAUUACGAGUCACCCACAGCAAAUAUUGAUACUGUUGGUCAGCCAAAGAUUUCCAGUUCUUUGCUGUUUAAACUUGUGCCUUAAUAUUGUAUAUAAUAAAUGUAUAAACACGUUUCUUUCUUCA